UCGUCCAGCACGACUUGACGUGCGUGCGUCUGCGUCUGGAUUGGAAAGUUUGCAUCGUGAAGCAGGAAGCCCAGCAAAAACUGGGUCUGUGUCAGGGAGGGAAUCUGGGCUUGACACUGCUAACGAGUUAAAACCGGAGGAGCCCUCCCGUGACGCUCACCGGACGUCUCAAACAUGUGGGUGAUAGCUGAGUCCAGGCUUCCUCUCUGUGGAAGAACUCUGCUCUGAUAGUGAUGAACCAGUCGCUCCAGUAGGAAUGUCCUACUGGUCAGUUGGCCUUCCCCAGGACUCUACAGACACUCUCAGCAACAUGGAGCAACAGAUCAGCAGCGGGGAGGACAUGGGAGCGAAGGCAUCGUUGGUGGAGGGUCCGGGAGCCGGCUCUGCACUGGGUCCUUCUCCCACCCUGGAGAACAUCAAGGCAGCGUAUGAAGAGAAACAGGAGGAGGCUGCCAGGGAGCUGAUCCAACAAGCCUGCUGCAUAGAGUGCAGCGCCGGAUUCCCCCGCAUCGAUGGGGUCCGUCUCCUGUGCGUGGCCAUUCAGAAUGGUGAUCUGCAGAGUGUGUGCUAUCUCCUAAAAGAAGCUCGUAUCACUGUGCCCCAGGAGCCAUCCAACACCAACCCAGCCAUCCUGGCGGCUUACUACGGCCACACCAGCCUUGUCAAAGAGCUGCUGGAUUCCAUACCUGGUCCUUGUCUGAGGAGAGACUUGCUGAACUGGAUGCUGGCCACAUCUUGCGAGCAGGGUCACCUGGACGUGGUCCAGCUGUUGGUCCAAAGCUAUGAUGCAGAUGCCAAAGACUGUGCCAUCCAUAGCGAUGAGUUUGCAGUCAUCAACGGACUGCCUCUCUAUGCUGCUGCAAGAGCAGGUAAUGAGGAGAUCGCUCAGUUCCUGCUGCAGAAUGGAGCAGGAUUCUCCUCUUACACUCUGAUGGACCAUCCAGCUUUCAGCAAACACCUCCUCAGACUCAAACUACAGGAAACCUCCACCGCACAGGGAGAGGAGGCUGUCAGUGUGUGUUGGAGUGGUCUGCAGCUGCCGUGGUUGGAGCUUGACUGGUUCAUGGAUGUCUCAUCACGUAUCACACACCUGGAUCUGUCUUCCAACAGCCUGGCCGCCCUGCCCUCUGUGGUGCCCUGGGGUCUCAUCCGCCUGCAAACUCUGGAUCUGUCUAAUAACCUCCUGAAAGAGCUGUCAGCUGCUCAUACCUCCCAGGAGGUCAUCUGCUCAAGUUUACGGCAGGUCAACCUCUCCAGCAACCAGUUUGCCAGUUUGCCUCUUGGACUUCUCCAUCUGACCCACAUCCAGAGACUUUCUGCUGCCAAGAACCAACUCACAAUCCUGUUUGACAUCCCCACCACUACAAACUGGAUCGGUCUGCGCAAGCUGGAGGAGCUUGAUGUGUCUGAUAACUGUCUGACCAGUCUGCCCACAGCAGUCGUGCACUGUUUGAAAUCCUUGAGAUUUUUCAAUGUGAGCAGGAACAAACUGAGCACCUUCCCUGACCCCUGGGCCUGUCCGCUGAAACAAUGCAAAGCCUCUUUCAAUCUAAUUGAGAGUCUUCCGAACACUAUCUCCAUCUUCUGGAGGACCCAGCUGCAGGAGGUGGACUUUGCUGACAACAGCCUGAAGGAGCUGCCUUCAUAUAUCUUUGAACUGGAGGGCCUGGUGUCCUUAAGAUUAUGUGGGAAUCAAAUUGUGACACUCCCAGCCCCCGAGAAGUGGAAGUGUUCUCGGCUCAGGACCCUCGAUCUUUCCAGGAACCAGCUUGGCAAGACAGAGGAGGAGCCCAAAACCAGGAGGCUGGCCUUCCUCACUACAUGGCACAGAAGGGAUCCAGAUCCAGUGUGUCCCAUAGAGUUUUCCAUGAUUCUGCGGGAUUCACUGGAAGUGCUUUACUUGAACGACAACCAGCUUGAGUGUGUUCCCCAAUCAGUGUGCGGUCUGCACAGCCUCACUGAGCUCUACCUCUCUAAUAAUCCUGGGAUCCGGGACCUUCCAGCGGAGCUCGGACAACUCUCCAACCUGUGGCAGCUGGACAUUGAGGACCUCAACAUUGCCAAUGUUCCCCAGGAAGUGAGAAAAGAAGGUCCUGCUUCUGUCCUGGCUUUCCUCCGAGCACACCUUCGAAAGGCAGAGCCUUUUAGACUGCUGAAGAUGCUUGUGAUUGGUCCAGCAAGGCAGGGUAAGACCACGCUUCUGGAGAUUCUACGGACAGGCAGGGCGUCCCCCUUCCAACUAACAGAGCACAGCAUCUCCACCUCUACCUGGGAGCUGGACAAACCCAACGGAGGCAAAAACAACAAGAACUCGGUGGUUUUCAACGUGUGGGACAUCGGUGGUCAAGCCAGCAUGUCCACAGUGAACCAGUGUUUCUUCACUGAUAAAGCCCUGUACAUGCUGAUCUGGAACCUGGCUCUGGGAGAGGAAGCUGUGGCCAACCUGCAGACAUGGCUGCUCAACAUAGAGGCACGGGCGCCCAACUCAGCAGUGGUGGUGGUGGGAACACAUUUGGAUCUCAUCGAUACCCGGUUUCGCACUGAGAGACUGGCCACACUCAGAGCUUAUGUUCUGGCUCUUUGCCGAUCCCCAUCAGGGGCUCGAGCCAGCGGCUACCCUGACAUCACCUGGAAACACCUGCAUGAAGUGUCCUGUAAGACUCUGGAGGGUGUCGAUGGUCUGAAGAAGCUGAUCUACCAGGUGGCUCUCUCCAUGAAAGACAGCAAAAGCUCAGCCUUUGGCAGUAAGCUGCUUGGCAGACUGAUCCCCAGGAGCUACCUGACACUUCAGGAAGCAGUGAUAGCAGAGAAGCAGAGGCGAGAUGGUGAGGGAGAGGUCCAGUACCUAACUGAUACCCAGCUGGACUGCAUUGUCGAACAGAACCCUGAAAGUGACAUCAGAGACUAUGAAGACCUGCAGACGGCCAUUAGCUUCUUGAUAGAGACGGGGAACCUGCUGCACUUCUCUGACACCAGCCACGGCCUGUGUACUCUGUAUUUCCUGUGUCCUGUGUGGCUGUCAGAGUGUCUGGAAAGGAUCAUGCACCUCAAGUCGUCUCAGUCUGUGGCCAGGAAUGGAGUGAUCCGAGUGGAGGACCUCAGGAUGCUAUUGGUGGGAACAGGGUUCACCCAGCAUACAGAAGAACAGUAUUUCCAGUUUCUUGCCAAGUUUGAGAUUGCUCUCCCUGUAGCCAACAACAGCUAUUUGCUGCCCCACCUACUUCCCCACAAGCCAGCCAUGGACAUACAUGGCUUCCGCCAGCAGACCAACAACACCUUGCAGCGCCUUAUAAAGAUGAGCUUUGUUCCUGCUGGGUUUUGGGAGCGCUUCAUCGCCAGGAUGCUCAUCAGUCUAACAAUGAUGGACCUACAGUCAUUUGAGCCUAAAAAAAACACCAGGAGCCAGAGCAGCAGGAACUCUGUGAUCUACAGCUUUGCUGGAUCCCAGCAGAGGAACCGCUGCAGCACCUUCAGAGUCCGACGCAGCAAGACCAUCUACUGGAAGGAGGGGCUGCUGGUCACUUUUGAUGGAGGUUACCUCAGCGUGGAGUCAUCAGUUGUCAACUGGAAGAGGAAGAAGAGUGGAGGCAUCAAGAUCAUCUGCCAGUCAGAGAUGAGAGAUUUCUCUGCCAUGGCCUUUAUCACCGAUCACGUCAAUUCUCUGAUAGAGCAGUGGUUCCCUGCUUUGACAGCCAGUGAGAGUGAUGGGAGCCUCCUCAUAGAGCAGUAUGCCCCCUGUCCCAUCUGUGCCUCACUUGGCCAAAAGAAGCAGACCAAGUCGCCAGCCAGCCAGCCCAGCCAGUUGGAAGAGAGAGGAGGAAGCGGAGAAGAUGAUGGAGGAGGAGGAGGAGGAGGAGGAGGAGGAGGAGGAGGAGCUGCAGGAGUACAUUACUUUAACAUGGAGGACUGUGUGCUGGCUGCAGUGGAGAAGGAGUAUAUCAUCUGUCCUCAGCAUACUGACCAGCCAGUCAACCUCCAAGAGCUUGUCCCAGAACUCUUCAUGACCGACUUCCCAACACGGCUCUUUUUGGAUGGGGCCAUGCUAGAGUACUCUGAGGAGGACAGUAACAUCCUCGGCCAGGGUGGCAGCGGGACCGUCAUCUACCGAGCCCGAUAUUGUGACCAGCCAGUGGCCAUCAAGCGCUUCCACUUUAAGAGAUAUCGACAACAGGCCGUCAGCAGUGACACAGACACCAUGGUGAAGCAUUUGCAGUCUGCAGAUGCUUGUCGGAGCUUCUCUGAGUUUCGUCAGGAGGCCAGUAUGUUACACUCUCUGCAGCAUCCCUGCAUCGUCUCUCUGGUGGGCAUCAGCAUCCGUCCGCUCUGCUUCGCCCUGCAGUUAGCCCCCCUGGGCAGCCUCAACACUAUUCUGGAAGAGAGGCACAAAGGCAAAGACUCCAGGUACAUGCCUCUUGGUCACAUGCUAACCUUCAAAGUAGCGUAUCAGAUUGCUGCAGGACUGGCAUACCUCCACAGGAAGAGCAUCAUCUUCUGUGACCUCAAAUCUGACAACAUCCUGGUGUGGUCUCUGGAGGAAAAAGAUCCAGUCAACAUUAAACUGUCUGACUAUGGCAUUUCUCGACAAUCCUUCCAUGAGGGGGCAUUAGGGGUGGAAGGCACACCGGGUUACCAGGCUCCUGAGAUCCGACCAGGCAUCGUAUAUGAUGAGAAAGUGGACAUGUUCUCCUAUGGUAUGAUGCUGUAUGAGCUGCUGACUGGGCGCAGGCCAGCACUGGGACUGCACCAGCUUCAGAUAGCGAAGAAGCUCUCCAAAGGCAUCCGACCAGCGCUGGGCAGUCCAGAGGAGGUUCAGUUCUGCUGCCUCCACAGCCUGCUGACCGAAUGCUGGGACACCAAGCCAGAGAAGAGGCCAGUGGCUAUGCAGUGUCUGAGGCAGAUGCAGGAGCCCAGCUUCCCCUGCCUCAGUUAUGUGUUGUCCUGUGACAGCCACUCCCAACUCUUCAUGUCGCAGCUGCAGGGAUACAGUGCUGUGUUCUGGAGCGGAGACAAGGAUGACAGGAACUACAGUGUGGUAAAUGUACGAAAGGGUCAGAUGGAGGUCAGGAGGAUGUCCUGUCCAGGCAGUCGGAUCAGCUGUCAGAUGAAGAUGGGUAACACGCUGUGGAUGGCCACUGAGGAGCAGGAAGUGUUUGUCUACAGUCUGAAGGACAUGUGUCCACUCAGUCAGCCCCAGAAACAGUUCUCUAGUCCAGCUGUGAUCACCUGCAUGUUCCCUGUACCUGAGAGAGAACAGAGUCUGGCCAGAGUGUUUGCAGGGAUGUCUGACGGCCUUGUGGCAGCAUACAGCCUGGUGGAGGACCUCCCUGUGGAGGGGGAGACCUAUCUGUGUUCACACACUCUCAAUAAGACGGUGUUUGGUCUGAAGGACUCAGAUCCCAGACAGAGGCCCUACCCAGUCGGGAGCAUGGCUCUGGUCAGCAGCGGCUCCCAGUUAUGGUUCUCGAAUGGUCCGGGCAUGCUGGUCAUCGACUGUGUGAGUCUUCAGGCAGUGCGAAGGCUGGAGCCCUACGACCCCCCAUCCUCCAUCGUAUCAAUGACAACCAGCUUCAGUCUGUGGGGAGAGGAGGCAGUGUGGAUCCUGGAUGACCACAUGAACACCCUUCUGCUCUACCAUGCUGCCUCCUAUCAGCUGUGUGCCCAGUACUGCUGCGGAGACAGCAAUCCGCUACGGGACGUCUUCACUGUGCAGCGUCCCGCAGGCCUUACCGCGGUGACAACUGCUGACCUCAAGACCGCAGACCGGGAGGGGAAUCCGGAAUACAGUAACGGAGAAGUGACAGUGAUCUACAGUGAGGGAGCGGGCACUCAGAUCAUCCUGCACCAGGAUUCGCUGACGGACUACUGCUCCAUAUCAUCCAGCAGCUCCCUGGAGCUGCCGGGCUCAGACUGUUCCAGCACCACAGGAUGCAGCACAAUAGGCAGCCGCAGCAGCCUGCCACUUCCUGCGAAGUGGGAGGAGAUCGGCGAAGACCAGCAGGCAUCGACCAACCAUGAGUCUGAACUGGACUGGGCAGAGAUGGCGAACUCCAGACCGCCUCAGCUGCAAGCCUUCACCGUCCUGUCAGUGAACGGGACUCUGUGGAUCCCCAGGCGUGGAGGAGAUGUGAUAGUCAUCGAAAUGCAGCCACAUGCUGAUGACGUGAGGGGCCGUGUCAUCGCUGUCCUCAGUCCACCUGAAUGUUCCUCUUUAGGGACCCUGAAGGAGGCAGCACUAGUGGCAAAGGACACGGUUGUGUGUGGCUUUCAGAAGGAAAACACGGAGUGGUGCCUGUGUGUCUGGAGGGGCUGGGGCAGCCACGAGCUGGAAGUCUUCUACCAGUCGUACGAAGAGCUGAGUCGCUUGGAGACCAGCAUGAGGAAAAGAAGGUAGCUGUUGUGCUGCGACGGCAAGGUGCAGAAUUGCAGCUCUGUAUGGAGGGUGAGCAGAGGGGAAUACACACUGACAGACUGCCAGUGUUCAGAGCUGCUUGGGGCAACGGCGGAGGGGGAGGAGGCCUGCCUCGAGGGCUGAGCCUCAAGUACUGCACACGUUUACGUCUCCUGACUACAUACUGCGGGACCAAUAAUAGGCCUGAAAAAAUCUGUAAUGCCACAGCAGACCUGAAAAGCCCCAAAGCUGAGUCACAGAUGAAGGUUGCCAGAACAAAACUUUGAUGCUUUAAUAAGGACUUCUGCAUACAGGUUUGAGUGUGGUUGCAUUUUAUUAUACAGUGCUUUAUGCUGUUUGGCCCCUGGCUGCAGUCUGUCAGCCAGUUUGGUAUGACUGGGAUUCACUCCAGGAUGAGGACUGUUGGUGUAUUUGACUCCAGCCGUUGCAAUCUUGUGUUUGUUCUUUAUGUAUUUUAGUUUUUCUUUCAUCAAACUGUUUCACUUUGCAACUUUGUCUCCUCUGGAGGUGGACAGGGUAUACAUUUGGAAGUAUUAUGGGUGUCAAGAUUUAGAUUCAACAUUAAAAAUCAAUCAAAACCUGCUUUCAGGUUCGAUCAUCAAAAAGCUCAAUUUUCGAUUCUACCAGAAUAUUUUUUUCUCCAUCCCCAGCUAUUUGUGUACAUUAAACGGAAAGAAGACAACUCUUUAACACUUGAAACGCAACACGGCUAGCUUACCAGGAGCGUGCAGCUGCACUUUCAGACAACUAUCCUUUUUGCCCCAGGAAGAGGCGUCUGAGGUGUUGAGUUCAUUUUCUUUGUCAGAGAUACUUUAUAGAUUUGUUUGGGAAGAGGGUUUACUUGUGACAGAUCUAAAAAACUGAAUUUUGUAACAACUGCCUGUGAAUUUCUGUCUUUUGUUGUUUAUUGUUGAAUCCUUCAGGGGUGUUUUUUCUUUGUGGAACUCUGGAAUUUUUAUUUUUAGUCAAUUUUACUUGAACUUGUCUAGCUCUAACCUGCAGAUAGCACCAGGAUAAGGAUACGGUAAAACACCUUUCUCUUUUAAAAAUCUAAACAGUUGUCAGGGCACAAAACCAAUGAGGUGUCGAUGUUUACAAAUCCAGAUGUGAUGUGUAAAAAUGGGACACGCAUAUCCAGAAUUGUUUGUUACUAAAUGAAGUGAUAUUGGAGUUAAAGGGGAAUUCUGGUAUUAUCAGACCUGGGCCUUAUAUUUACAUGUUUUGUAAAUGAUGCAUACUUGUGAAAAGUUUUGGAAUCGAGUCGAGUUACAAAGCUGCAUCGUGAUCCUUGGAUUCAUCUCCGACCACCAAAGUUACAUCUACUGAAAGUGCUUGUGUUUUCUGGGGGACCGGAGAGUUGCUGGUUCAAGACCUCCUCGGACCAGACUAUACAGUGUGGAAUGGUAGCUGCAGAGGUGCUGGUUCACCUCCUGAGCACUGCCAAGGAGCCCUUGAGCAAAUCACUGCACUCCUAAUUGGUCCUCGGCUCCUUAUACGGGGCAGCCCCUCUCCAUUAAUGCAUGUGUGUGGGUCCUGUUUGUGUAUGUGUGCUUAUUUCGGACCUGUGGAUGUAAAAGUAAUUUUACAACUUUACAACUUUUCUAACCCUAACCCAGAAGAAAAAAAAAAAUUCUCUGCAAAGGGAUUAAUAAAGUACAUCUUCUUCUUUUGCCAGUGACAGGCCAUGGUUGUUAUUCUAAGUGUCUGAUAACAUUAUGGAAAUGAGUGUCAUCCAAGCAGAAAUCUUGUGUGAUUGCCACAUCGAGAUUGUCAUGAACAGAUAAAUAGUCGGCUAUGACAUUGGAAAUUAAUUCUUGCCGGCAGUUCCUCUGUGUAAAAUCCAACAAUAUUUCCAUUGUUGUCUUCAACAACAGCUCAUAUCUCGCAAGAUUUCAGAGCAAGACUUCUCCUCAUGUUUCUGCUAACAAAAUGGAUUUUCUCAUUUUAUGUAAUGGUCUGUUUCUGUGGGAAUCGUUCAGGUGAUGUUGUUAGACUAUGAGAAUAACAACCUCAGCCUGUCAGUGGCAAAACUCACAGGUAAUAGAUGGCAUUGAUAUGUUCACAUACGCUAAUGUUCCUCCUUGCUUCAGGUGCAUUUUAACUCUGUAACUAACUCUUUGUCAUAUGAAUCUGCAUGCCAGCUGCAGCCCCCUGUUGCCAAAGUGGCCUGUAAGCAACUAACUAACAUCUGUGUCCUGUGCAACAUUAUGCAACAGAGCAGAGGUUUUCCUGCUUUUGUAUCCAAAGCCUGGUGCUUUUGGCAAGGUCUAACAGAUUACAUAUCAUUAACAUAUUUUUAAAUUAAGCUCUUUUCUGGCUUCGGACUCGACAGCGUGCUCCUUGCUCAACUCUGUCCACUAGCAUCUGUGUCCCCAGAGAAUAUAAAAUCGUGCGGAGGAAAUGAAACAUGUUCUUAGUAGUAGUAGUUUAUUUUUUUAUUUUUCCUGCCAUCUGCCUUUCCUCCAGAGGGUUCACAUUACCAUCAAAUGUACAAAGAUUCUUUGCGUAAAGCACUUGUGGAUAAAAUGAAAAAGCUGUUAGCCAGUGAAAAGGCUGGCAGCCACUGGAGGAAACCAUGUCUCCUUGCAUCAUCUUACAUAUUUAAAUAAUUUCAUCUUUCCAGCCAAAUCAUUUUUUAACUUAAGUUUGCCAGUGUGUUUUUCUACGGGGGCCAGUUAAGAACUGUAUAUUUUCCACAACAGCCUUACAGUGAGGCAGAAGUUAUUUGUUUAUCAGAAGGUAUAAUGAAAGUGUAUUGCAACAGGAGCGGCGGUUGUGCACAUAAUCACUCUACAACAUGGCACCAAAUAAAGUUCUUAUGAUAACUCUG